AUGUAUCCCUCUUUAGUUUCUCUCGGCAUAGCUGUCCUGCUGUUGUGUGUCCUUUCUGCAGCAGAACGCAAUUGGGAAUACGAACCUAAGUCCAUAACUUCGACCUCAGCAGAUGAAGAGAAAGUGAAGUUACAUUUUCAAAUUGAUCGAGUAAAUCGGGGCGAAUAUGCCUUAACGGGGAACAUUGAGUGGAAAUAUGAUACCAGUGAUGAUACAAUGGUUGAAAUAUUGAUCUAUCGCAGUCCGACAGGUAGCAGUUACGAUUAUCAGCUAAUGCCCUGGUCUAUACCCAAUCAAAAGUUCUACGAAUAUCUCAAUACCUUCUACAAGGAAGUAAUAAAUAAUUUCGCAAAUUGUUCAAAUCUGCCGAUAUAUAAGGAAAAAUUCGAACCGCCAUGGCCCAAGAAUAAAUAUGAAUUUAAACGUUGCGAAGUUGCGGGCGAGGGAUUGCCAGAAGUUGCGCCCGAGGGAUUCUAUAAAAUAGUUGUCACAUUUUCCGGUGAGGUGGUCUGGACCGUCACAACAAUUGCUAAAGUUACGACAAAAAUGACUUGAAUUGUUCAGUUAAAUAAAGUGUGCACUAACGCGGGUGACAGGA